UCUCUCUCUCUCUCUCUCUCUCUGUACCAAACUUCUUCUCUGUUCGAUUCCAAUUCGACUCGAUCUCUCUCUCCAACGCAUUUUGUGAAGGUCCUCACGCUUUGAUCAAUUCUUGAAUCAAACUCACUGAUUCAAAACAUUUUUCAUUUUUCUUCCCUUUUUAGUCUUUAGAUGAAGAAUUUAGGUCUAGUUAGGUUCUGACUCGGUGGAUUCCAACUGGCAAAUCCGUAAAUAACCGUCAGAGCUGGGGGCGAAUCAGUCUGGGCCUCACCGAAGCCCGGCGGGGGCGGAAUCCGGUGCGGGACUCUGGUUCUUUCUCCGCCCGCACAAUGCGCCUCGUCACCACUCCCUCGCCUACCUCGACUCUGUGAGCCGUAUCGCACCCGAUCGCCGCCGCGCACAUCGACCGACCCCAAUGGACUCCUCUGUUCACAAUUCCCAAUCUACUCCUCCCCCUCUCGAGGAGCACGAGUACUUGGCCCGCUACAUCGUCAUCAAGCACUCUUGGCGCGGCCGAUACAAGCGCAUACUAUGCGUCUCCAGCGUCUCUAUAGUCACCCUCGACCCUUCCACGCUCGCCAUCACCAACUCCUAUGACGUCGCCACCGAUUUCGAGGGCGCCACGCCAAUAAUAGGCCGCGACGACAAUUCGAACGAGUUCAAUCUCAGCGUGCGGACCGACGGGCGUGGCAAAUUCAGGGCAAUUAAGUUUUCUUCGCGGUAUAGGACGAGUGUAUUGACGGAAUUGCAUAGGAUUAGGUGGAAUAGGCUCGGUGCCGUGGCCGAGUUUCCGGUGCUACAUCUGCAGCGGCGGACCUCGGAGUGGGCUCCUUUUAAAUUGAAAGUUACUUAUGUUGGUGUUGAAAUUAUUGAUUUAAAAUCUGGAGACCUUCGCUGGUGCUUGGAUUUUAGAGACAUGGAUUCCCCUGCCAUCAUUCUCCUUUCUGAUGCUUACGGGAAGAAAAGUGUUGAACAUGGAGGUUUUGUUCUCUGCCCUUUAUACGGAAGAAAAUCUAAAGCUUUCCAGGCUGCUUCAGGGACCACAACUUCUUCUAUCAUCUCAAAUUUGACUAAAACUGCAAAAUCCAUGGUUGGGUUGUCACUAUCUGUGGACAGUUCUCAAUCCCUCACUGCAGCAGAGUAUUUAAAGAGAAGGGCAAAAGAGGCAGUAGGAGCAGAAGAAACCCCUUGUGGGGGUUGGUCUGUGACAAGAUUGCGGUCUGCUGCUCAUGGAACUCUAAAUGUUACUGGAUUGAAUUUGGGAGUUGGCCCAAAAGGAGGACUUGGGGAGCAUGGUGAUGCUGUAUCUUGUCAACUCAUUCUUACAAAGGUUUCACUUGUUGAGAGGCGCCCGAAGAACUAUGAAGCUGUUAGUGUUCGUCCUUUAUCUGCAGUAAGCUCUCUUGUUCGAUUUGCUGAGGAGCCCCAGAUGUUUGCAAUUGAAUUCAAUGAUGGCUGCCCGAUCCAUGUUUAUGCAAGUACAUCUCGGGAUAACCUGCUUGCAGCAGUUCGUGAUGUGUUGCAAUCAGAAGGUCAGUGCCCAGUAGCUGUAUUACCAAGGUUGACAAUGCCUGGUCAUCGUAUUGAUCCACCUUGUGGAAGAGUUCAUUUGCAAUUUGGACAACAACGCUCUGGUGCUGAUAUGGAGAGUGCUUCCAUGCAUUUGAAACACUUAGCAGCAGCUGCAAAAGAUGCUGUUGCUGAAGGUGGUUCUAUUCCUGGAUCAAGAGCUAAGUUAUGGCGAAGAAUAAGAGAGUUCAAUGCAUGUAUACCAUAUAGUGGAGUUCCUUUUAACAUUGAAGUACCUGAAGUGACUUUGAUGGCCUUAAUUACAAUGCUUCCGGCUACUCCAAAUCUUCCUCCAGAGUCUCCUCCCUUGCCUCCCCCUUCACCUAAAGCAGCUGCCACAGUGAUGGGCUUCCUUGCAUGUUUACGUAGACUGCUGGCAUCAAGAAGUGCAGCUUCACAUGUGAUGUCGUUUCCUGCUGCUGUUGGACGAGUAAUGGGUUUACUCAGAAAUGGUUCAGAGGGUGUAGCUGCUGAAGCUGCAGGGCUUGUUGCUGUACUUAUUGGAGGUGGUCCUGGGGAUACAAAUAUAUUAACAGAUUCCAAGGGAGAGCAGCAUGCUACAAUUAUGCACACCAAGUCGGUACUGUUUGCUCAUCAUGGUUAUGUUAUUAUUCUUGUCAAUAGGCUGAAGCCUUUGUCUGUAUCACCUUUAUUGUCAAUGGCUGUUGUUGAAGUUUUUGAGGCUAUGAUAUGUGAACCACAUAGUGAAACUACUCAAUACACAGUUUUUGUUGAACUAUUACGCCAAGUAGCUGGUUUGAAGCGUCGCUUGUUUGCGCUGUUUGGACAUGCUGCUGAAAGCGUCAGGGAAACAGUAGCUGUGAUUAUGCGAACAAUUGCAGAAGAAGAUGCAAUUGCAGCAGAGUCCAUGCGUGAUGCUGCUUUGCGUGAUGGUGCUUUGCUGAGACAUUUAUUGCAUGCGUUUUUCCUUCCUGCUGGUGAGAGGCGUGAGGUUAGUCGACAGCUCGUUGCCCUUUGGGCGGAUUCCUAUGAACCAGCUCUACAUUUAUUGUCUAGGGUUCUGCCCCCUGGGCUUGUUGCUUAUUUGCACACAUGUUCUGAUGGAGUUCCACCUGAAGACACCAGUCAGGAAGGAUCAUUAACCAGUAGAAGAAAGAGGCGUUUACUUCAGCAGAGGAAAGGUCGUAUAGGAAGAGGACUUGCAUCUCAAGAGCAUUCCUUACCUUCUGUCAAUACUUUUGAAGUCGGUGAUUUGGCAAGACAGAGAGGUGCUGGUGCUUUUAAAGGGUCAGAUGGCUACCAAAGAUCUGCUCUAGAUCCGAAUCUGGAACAGACUACAACCAUUCAGUCUUCAGUUUCUCCCAGUGGUGAUAACUUGACUAGUGAAGCGUUCUCUUCAGGGGUUCCACAAAAUAAUCAAUCAGCUGUUGCUUCAGCUGAUGGUCCAUCAAUGAGUCUUCAUGAGGCAUCAGAACCAAGUGCUUCAAAUUUGGUUGAUUCUGAUCCCAAUAUAGUUGGUUUGCAAAAUACAGGCCUUCCAGCCCCAGCCCAGGUUGUUGUGGAGAACACCCCUGUGGGCUCCGGAAGGCUACUUUGUAAUUGGCCUGAAUUUUGGCGAGCCUUUAGUCUUGACCAUAAUCGUGCAGAUUUGAUCUGGAAUGAGCGUACCAGGCAAGAGUUAAGGGAAGCUUUGCAGGCUGAGGUUCAUAAACUAGAUGUUGAGAAGGAGCGCACAGAAGAUAUUGUUCCAGGGGGUGCAACGGUGGAGACUAUGACUGGGCAAGAUAGUGUGCCACAAAUAUCGUGGAACUACUCUGAGUUCUGUGUUAGUUACCCUAGCUUGUCCAAGGAAGUUUGUGUGGGUCAAUAUUAUCUGCGUUUGCUACUAGAGAGUGGCAGCAGUGGUAGGGCACAGGAUUUUCCACUGCGUGAUCCAGUUGCUUUCUUUAGAGCUCUCUAUCAUCGGUUCUUAUGCGAUGCCGACAUAGGGCUUACAGUAGAUGGUGCUGUUCCUGAUGAAAUGGGUGCAUCUGAUGAUUGGUGUGAUAUGGGAAGAUUAGAUGGUUUUGGAGGAGGUGGAGGUUCUUCAGUUAGAGAGCUUUGUGCAAGGGCAAUGGCGAUUGUAUAUGAACAGCAUUAUAAGACAAUAGGCCCUUUUGAGGGCACUGCUCACAUCACGGUUCUUUUGGAUAGAACAGAUGACAGAGCUUUGAGGCACCGUCUUCUCCUCCUUUUGAAGGCUUUGAUGAAGAUUCUAUCAAAUGUGGAGGCUUGUGUUUUGGUUGGAGGAUGUGUUUUAGCUGUGGAUCUGCUGACAGUGGUUCAUGAGGCUUCAGAAAGGACUUCUAUCCCUUUGCAGUCAAAUUUGAUUGCUGCUACCGCUUUCUUGGAACCACUUAAGGAAUGGUUGUUUAUUGACAAGGAUGGUGCACAAGUUGGACCCCUGGAAAAGGAUGCUAUCAGGAGGUUCUGGUCAAAGAAAGCCAUUGAUUGGACAACAAGGUGCUGGGCUUCUGGGAUGCUAGAUUGGAAGAGAUUGCGUGAUAUCCGUGAACUUCGCUGGGCGCUAGCUAUUCGGGUUCCAGUUCUCACUCCUACUCAGGUAGGGGAGGCUGCAUUGUCCAUAUUACAUAGCAUGGUAUCUGCUCAUUCAGAUUUAGAUGAUGCUGGAGAGAUAGUUACACCAACUCCCAGAGUAAAAUGGAUCUUGUCAAGUCCACGUUGCCUUCCCAAUAUUGCACAGGCUAUGCUUUCUGGGGAACCAAGUAUUGUAGAGGGUGCUGCUGCUUUGCUUAAGGCUGUUGUUACCCGAAAUCCCAAGGCCAUGAUGCGUCUAUACAGCACAGGUGCAUUUUAUUUUUCCCUGGCAUACCCUGGAUCUAAUCUCCUUUCAAUUGCUCAACUCUUCUCAGUGACUCAUGUCCAUCAAGCAUUUCAUGGUGGGGAAGAAGCUGCACUUUCCGCUUCAUUGCCACUGGCAAAACGUAGUGUAUUGGGUGGACUUCUUCCUGAAUCCUUGCUAUAUGUACUGGAGCGGAGUGGUCCAGCUGCAUUUGCUGCAGCAAUGGUUUCUGAUUCUGAUACUCCUGAGAUUAUAUGGACUCACAAAAUGCGAGCAGAAAAUCUUAUUCGUCAGGUUUUGCAGCACCUUGGAGAUUUUCCCCAUAAAUUGCCACAGCAUUGCCACUCUUUAUAUGAGUACGCGCCUAUGCCACCAGUGACAUACCCAGAACUAAGAGAUGAAAUGUGGUGUCACCGUUAUUACCUUCGAAACUUAUGUGAUGAGAUCCGGUUUCCACAUUGGCCAAUCGUUGAGCAUGUUGAAUUUCUACAGUCAUUACUUGUAAUGUGGCGUGAAGAGUUGACACGUAGACCCAUGGAUCUUUCUGAAGAAGAAGCUUGCAAAAUCUUAGAGAUAUCCCCAGAAGAUGUGUCAAGUGAUGAUGCCAAUAAGAAUCAUGCUUUUGAGCUGAGUGAGGAGAUAUCUAGCAUAUCCAAGCAGAUUGAGAACAUCGAUGAAGAAAAACUGAAGCGACAAUAUAGGAAACUUGCAAUGAAAUACCAUCCGGACAAAAAUCCUGAAGGACGGGAGAAGUUUCUUGCUGUACAGAAAGCUUAUGAGCGCCUGCAGGCCACCAUGCAAGGCUUGCAAGGUCCUCAACCUUGGAGGUUGUUACUUCUACUGAAAGGACAGUGUAUCUUAUACCGACGAUAUGGAUAUUUACUGGAGCCAUUUAAAUAUGCUGGCUAUCCCAUGUUACUCAAUGCAGUUACUGUGGACAAAGAUGAUAACAAUUUUCUUUCUGCUGAUAGAGCACCCCUCCUUGUUGCCGCAUCAGAGCUUAUUUGGUUGACGUGCUCAUCUUCUUCAUUGAAUGGUGAAGAGCUUGUGAGGGACGGUGGGAUACAGCUUCUUGCAACUCUUCUUUCCCGUUGCAUGUGUGUUGUUCAGCCUACUACUCCUGCAAGUGAACCAUCCGCCAUCAUUGUUACAAAUGUGAUGCGAACCUUUUCUGUUUUGAGUCAAUUUCAGAGUGCCAGAAUUGAGAUGCUUGAACUUUCUGGACUAGUUGAUGACAUUGUACACUGCACUGAACUUGAGCUUGUACCUGCGGCAGUUGAUGCUGCCCUCCAGACAAUUGCCAAUGUUUCUGUGUCCUCCGAGUUGCAGAAUGCCUUAUUAAACGCUGGUGUUUUGUGGUUCCUCUUGCCACUGCUGCUUCAGUAUGAUUCUACUGCAGAGGAAUCUGAUAUGACUGAGUCACAUGGGGUUGGCGCUAGUGUUCAGAUUGCAAAAAAUCUGCAUGCAGUGCGAGCAUCCCAGGCCCUAUCAAGGCUUAGUGGUUUAUGUAGUGAUGAGAAUUCAACACCUUACAAUCAGGGUGCAGCUGAUUCCCUCAGAGCUUUGCUAACUCCUAAACUGGGCAGUAUGUUAAAAGAUCAAGUGCCAAAAGACCUACUUUCUAGAUUAAACACCAACUUGGAGUCUCCAGAGAUUAUCUGGAACUCUUCGAUCCGAGCAGAACUAUUAAAAUUUGUGGAUCAGCAACGUGCAAGCCAGGGUCCUGAUGGAUCGUAUGACCUAAAAGAUUCACAGUUCUUUGUGUAUAAGGCACUAUCAAAAGAACUCUUUGUAGGCAAUGUUUACUUGAGGGUCUACAAUGAUCAGCCAGAUUUUGAGAUCAGUGAACAAGAAGCUUUUUGCGUUGCUCUAGUUGAUUUUAUAUCACAUCUAUUGCAUAAUAGGUGUGCUACAGAUUCUGAUAGUCAAAAUGAAGUUAAUGUCAGUGGCUUAUCCCUUGAGACAUCUGAGCAUCAAAAUGAUAUGGCUCAUGGGUCAGUUAAUGAACAGCAUGAAACAUCUGAGAACCAAAGUGAUUUGGCUGCUGGAUCAAUCAAUGAACAGCAGAUUUCUGAUGAUUCUUUGGCAGUAUCUGAUGGACAAGUGGCAAACAAGGAAAAAAUUGAACUGGUUAAGAACCUUCAGUCUGGAUUGACCUCACUUCAGAACUUACUGACAAGCAAUCCAAGUUUGGCGUCAAUAUUUUCUACUAAAGACAAGUUGUUGCCUCUUUUUGAAUGCUUUUCUGUGCCUGUUGCAUCAGAAAGCGACAUUCCUCAACUUUGCCUGAGGGUAUUGUCACUCUUGACUGCAUAUGCUCCAUGCUUGGAGGCUAUGGUUGCAGAUGGAUCUAGUCUUCUCCUUUUAUUACAAAUGCUUCACUCUUCCCCAAAUUGUCGGGAAGGGGUUCUUCAUGUUCUUUAUGCAUUGGCAAGUACAGCAGAACUUGCUUGGGCUGCUGCCAAGCAUGGUGGAGUGGUGUACAUUCUGGAACUUCUUUUGCCAUUGCAGGAAGAAAUUCCCUUACAGCAAAGAGCUGCAGCAGCCUCUUUGUUGGGGAAACUUGUUGGGCAGCCAAUGCAUGGGCCUAGAGUUGCAAUAACACUGGCAAGAUUUCUUCCAGAUGGCCUGGUAUCGGUUAUUAGGGAUGGUCCUGGUGAGGCCGUUGUAGCUGCCCUUGAACAGACGACAGAGACACCUGAACUUGUAUGGACGCCAGCAAUGGCAGCUUCUUUAGCUGCACAGAUUGCAACUAUGGCAGCAGACCUAUUCCGCGAACAGAUAAAAGGUCGUGUUGUUGAUUGGGAUGUACCUGAGCAGGCAUCUGGGCAGCAGGAAAUGAGAGACGAGCCACAGGUUGGUGGAAUCUAUGUCAGGCUGUUCUUAAAAGAUCCCAAAUUUCCCCUGAGAAAUCCAAAGAGAUUCUUGGAAGGACUACUGGAUCAGUAUUUGUCAUCCAUUGCUGCGACACAUUAUGAAACACAACCUGUUGACCCUGAGCUUCCUUUGCUCCUCUCUGCUGCUCUGGUUUCGUUAUUACGAGUACACCCUGCACUUGCAGAUCAUGUUGGAUAUCUUGGAUACGUGCCAAAACUUGUAGCUGCUGUGGCCUAUGAGGGAAGACGAGAAACAAUGGCAUCAGAGGAGGUGGAUAAUGGCAACUAUGCUGAUAGAAGAUAUGAACCUGAUGAUGGAUCAACACAGCCAUCACAAACUCCACAAGAACGUGUACGUCUUAGUUGUUUACGAGUACUACAUCAACUUGCAGCUAGUACAACAUGUGCUGAAGCUAUGGCAGCAACUAGUGUAGGGACGCCUCAGGUUGUUCCACUUCUAAUGAAAGCAAUUGGAUGGCAAAGUGGAAGCAUACUAGCUCUUGAGACACUAAAACGUGUUGUGGUUGCUGGAAAUAGAGCUAGGGAUGCUCUUGUUGCACAAGGACUUAAGGUUGGUCUUGUUGAAGUACUUCUCGGCCUUCUUGAUUGGAGGGCUGGGGGAAGGAAUGGACUUUGCUCUCAGAUGAAGUGGAACGAAUCUGAAGCAUCUAUUGGCAGGGUGCUUGCAAUUGAGGUUUUGCACGCAUUUGCGACCGAAGGGGCCCACUGUACUAAAGUGCGCGACAUAUUGAAUGCUUCUAAUGUUUGGGGUGCUUAUAAAGACCAGAAACACGAUCUUUUCCUACCUUCAAAUGCUCAAUCUGCUGCUGCUGGAGUCGCUGGUCUAAUUGAAAACUCUUCAUCCAGACUUACUUAUGCCCUUACAGCUCCCCCACCACAAUCUGCUCCUUCAAGACCUCCUGCUUCAACAUCUGACUCAAAUGGGAAGCAUGAGCAUACUUCUUAGUACAAAAACUGAAGACAGCCAUAGUCAAGAAGCAUAUAUCAAAUGUUAUAUUUACUCAUUGUAUAGCACACUGUACAGUUCAAUAAUUUUUUCCUUUCCUGUUUCUUUUUGGCCUACCGACUCCUUCUUUCUCAGGGGUACAUAAUCAGGUAGUGAUUGCAAUUUUUUAAGAAAAAAAAGAAGUGGAAGGGGUUAAUUUAUUUGCUUUGCCAUGUAAAGAGGAAUUAAUACCUUCUGUAAAUUGAGUUGUUCUACUGCCCAAUUUUCAAUGUAGAGGUCAGGUGAUUUUGUGUGAAAUUCGUCAAUGCAUAUUUUCUUCUCAAGUUACAUUUUAAUUAUUUUUCCUUA